AUGUUGCUCGUUGGGGCUCUUCCGCCCGCAUCCGCGCGUACCUGGGCUUGUAAAUUUGUGGAUUCCUGGGGGAGAAUUUACACAACCUUCUCCAUGCUAUCCUAUAUAUCUGCUGCCUUUCGGCCCCCGUCGCCAGAGGAAGGCGUACAGCAGCGACCACCACGGUAUGCCGGUGAAGAUACCACCCCAACGAGCCGCCGGGAGAUCCUAGGAUGGUACUCGUACGGGAUUGCGGCGGAGGUGUUCGCGGUCUGUGGCGUAGGAUCUUUCCUACCGCUCACCUUGGAACAAUUAGCCCGCGAGCGCGGCACCCUGCAAGUGAGCCGUCUUCCAUGCGUCGGACCAUCCACAGGGAACAGCACAAAUAGUGCUGAGCAUGGCCAAUGUGUGGUGCCGAUCUUUGGCGCCGAGGUCAAUACAGCUAGCUUCGCCAUCGCGCUGGCGGAUUACGAGAACAACCGCAAGAUAUUACUUAUGGUAUUCGGAUUCGCCGGUGCGCUCGCCAGCAUGUUGUUCAUAUUCAUUGCGCCGCCUAUCUUCAUUAUCGGAUCGAUAUUGGUCGUCAUCGGUGUGACCUGCCUCGGUUCAUCCUUUGUUGUGCUGAACUCUUAUCUCCCUGUGCUUGUCGCCAACGACCCAUCUCUGCAAGAGGGAAAGGCGGAUGACAGCGCGGAAAUGUCGAGCUUCGAUCGAGACGGAGGUAACUCGGAAUGGAACGCCUGGGGCAGCGAUGAUGCCGACAACGAUAGUUUAGACGGACUUCAGCCACAAGAGCAGCCACGGAGCUCACUAGAAGGUGGACUAGGGGCCAAGGCCCCGCCGUCGUCCUCCCCGGAGCUGCAGCUUUCCACCAAAAUCUCCUCCACAGGCAUUGGUCUUGGAUAUUGUGCGGCGGUUUUUGUGCAAAUCAUCAGUAUCAUCCUGCUGAUCACAUUAUCCAAGACCUCCCUUGUGAAAGUGUCUGGCACUCUUCCCAUGCGCUUCGUAUUGCUCCUGGUCGGCAUCUGGUGGGGCGGGUUCACCUUGGUCACUCGUAAUUUGCUCAAGACACGACCGGGGCCUCCCUUGGAUUCAGUCGCCACCAAAGGCACAGCAAGAUGGCGAGCCUGGCUACGACUGAUCGGUUUUGCCUGGAAAUCACUAUGGGAGACCGUGAAAAUAGUCAUCAAACUGCGCGAAGUCCUCAUGUUCCUCGUAGCAUGGUUCCUGAUCUCCGAUGCAAUGGCCACUGUCUCUGCAACGGCGAUCCUCUUCGCGCGGACGGAACUCAAACUGAGCACACCGCUGAUCGGACUUCUCUCCAUCACUGCGACGGUGUCCGGCAUGACGGGCGCAUUCCUAUGGCCACAUGUAUCUCGGUACUUCGGCCUACGGCCGAAUCAAACCAUCAUCCUAUGCAUUGGCAUGUUUGAGAUGAUACCACUCUAUGGGUUGCUUGCUUACAUCCCCUUCAUAAAAAAAUGGGGUGUGUUCGGGCUACAACAGCCGUGGGAGAUAUUCCCGCUGGCCAUCGUCCACGGAGUCGUGUCGGGAGGACUGGCAUCAUACUGCCGAUCGUUCUUCGGACUCAUGAUUCCACCCGGUAGCGAGGCUGCGUUCUACGCUCUUUACGCUGCUACGGACAAGGGCAGCUCAUUCAUUGGGCCGGCUAUUGUGGGCGUUCUUGUUGAUGCGACCGGCCAAAUCCGAAGUGGAUUUUUCUUCAUGGCGCUUCUGAUCCUUCUGCCUAUCCCCCUUGUGUGGAUGGUUAAUGCGGACAAGGGUCGGCGUGAAGGUUUGGCUAUGGCUGAAACCCUGGGCAAGUCACAUGGUGGGCCCGCCGAGUACGCCCAGGAAGCCGAAGGGCUUCUUGCUCGUGAGUAG